ACCCUUCUUUAUCCACCAAGUCCGAGAGUGAGUGACAACAUCAGCAUUACACCAUUACCGCGAAGCGAGACUACUCGACCAGCAAUUUUGCAAAAUGACCGGCACGGGCGUCGCCUCGAAGACAGCCGCUCAGCCCAAGAGCGCGGCGCGGCGGCUGUGGCGCGUGAUGCGCGCGGUGCUCUACAUGCUGCGCCGCGGCGUGCUACCUUCAGGCCGCAAGGUUUCCAUGGACCUCUGCCUCUUCCUCCGCCGCGGGAAGCCCAGCGAGGUCGAGUACGCCUCCUUCUCCGCCAGCGUCGCCCAGCGCCGUGGCCGGAACCGCCGGCAAGGUGAAGACGAAGCUGCCAACGGCUACAACGCGGCCGACAUCGCCAAGGUGUUCGAGAUGCUCAACGACGGCGGAAGCCUCUUCGGCGACGAUGACACGCUUGCGCUGGCGACGCCGUCACCCGGGCUGUGGAGUUCGCCCGCCGCCUUCGAGUUCGGGGGCAGCCCGGCGGCGAGGCAGCGCGUCACCGACUCGCCGUGCGCGGGCGAACAGCAGGUGGACAGGAAGGCCGACGAAUUCAUCAGGAGGUUCUACGAGCAGCUGCGCGCGCAGAAGAGCGUCACCGCCACGCCGGAAUGCUACGCCGGCGCGUCGUGCGUCGAGCGCGCCCUAAGGCCGGUAGCCGCCGGCAUCGCUUAAUUUAGAGGCUCGGUGUGCCUCAGUGCUCGUGGCGGCCACGUACGGGUCGCCCAGCAGGGUUUAGUUGGUUUCGUUGGUUGUCUUUCUAUACCUAAUAAUAAAGAAAAUAAGGCUUC